CUCUCACACUCCUCUACGGCCACGACUCCGGGGGUGGGGAAAGAGAGCGCCGGCUUCCUUCCCCAAGAAGCCCUGGAGGUUCCUUCUGACAACUCUGCGAAGGGGAAAGGGGUGUGAGACCCAAGCAGACCCCCAACUCCAACCCCGCACACGAGGUGGCUGCUCCACACUGCACACUAGGGGGGCCCAUUGGUUUCCGGGUCUCUUUCUCCUCUCUCCCUUCCCUCUGUCCCUUUCAUCCUCUCCCGCGAACAUGUCCACCGGCUCCCUCAGCGACGUGGAGGACCUCCAAGAAGUGGAGAUGCUGGACUGCGACGGGCUGAAAAUGGACUCGAACAAGGAGUUUGUGACUUCCAACGAGAGCACCGAGGAGAGCUCCAACUGCGAGACUGGGUCUCCCCAAAAGGGCCGCGGCGGCCUGGGCAAGAGGAGAAAGGCGCCCACCAAGAAGAGCCCCUUGAGCGGGGUCAGCCAGGAGGGGAAACAGGUCCAGCGCAACGCCGCCAACGCGCGCGAGCGGGCCCGGAUGCGGGUGCUGAGCAAGGCCUUCUCCAGGCUCAAGACCACCCUGCCCUGGGUGCCCCCGGACACCAAGCUCUCCAAGCUGGACACGCUCAGGCUGGCGUCCAGCUACAUCGCCCACCUGAGGCAGAUCCUGGCUAACGACAAAUACGAGAACGGUUACAUCCACCCGGUCAACCUGACGUGGCCCUUUAUGGUGGCCGGGAAACCAGAGAGUGACCUGAAAGAAGUGGUGAGCGCGAGCCGCUUAUGUGGAACCACGGCGUCCUGACCUUGGAGGUGCGAGUCUGGGAAAGGCGUGCUCCCCGGGAACACGGGCCCGGGAAGGCGGCCCCUGCCCUCCCUGCUCCCUGUCUCUGCUUCCCCCCGCAAAGCUCCUCUCUCUGUCCCACCCUGCGAGAACACUUUACAGCGACGAGGAGAUUCGUUUCCAAACCAGAGGAGAUCAAUUGUACUUACAAAGAUUCCCAUCUAUUUAACUUUAUUAAUUCGUACCGUGAAUGACUCUGCGAGCCUUGCUGGUCCAAGUGCAAUAUGUAAUUAUAAAUAUAUGAAUAGAUAAGAA